AUGCAACGAACUCUUGAGUAAAGGUAAACCACAGAAUAAAUCAGGCGAAAUAACAAUUAAAAUAAUGCAGAUCUUCUUCUUUCCGUUUAUGAAUUAACUGCAAGGUCAUCUUUGUAAAUUGGACAAAGACCUAGAUAAUAGAGUUAAAGUAGAGAGAAAUAUAAAUUUAAAUAAUGCGAAUAAAAGAAAGUGGAUUUGAUGAGUAUAUCAUCACCAGGAAGUUAAAAAAAGCUUGCUCUGUCACCUUAGUUAAAAUUAUAAUCUCCUAGAGAACCUGGCUUAAUUUUUAAUUUAAUUAGAGCAGCAAAUAAUGCAAUAGAAAAUAAUACUGAUGAUAAGAUUAUUAGAAACUAUAUGUAAAUUAGAACUUAAGUAGAAAUGAGAAUGGUAAUAAAUAUAAUUAAUAAAUUAGGAUGUUUUAGAAUCAGCAGAUUCGUUAGCAGUAUAAUUAGAAAAGUUUAAGUUAGAAAAUGAUACUUUAAGAAAAAGAGUUAGUGAAAACAUUAAUUCACAAUCAUUAUCAAAUUUGGCUUAAUUAAAAAUGCAAUUACAAAAGGCUGAAAAAAAGGCAGAAGUAAAUUUAUUAUAUAAUUAAAAGAGUAGAAAAGUUUGUAUUAAGAAAUUGUAUUAAUUGUUAGAUAAGAGUGAAAAAGAAUUAGAAUUGUAUAAAUCAGGUAAGAAAAGUGCAAAAACAUCUUUUACUAAAAAAAAUGAAUUAAAUGAAAUAUUAAAUAGUGCAUAUCCAAAAAAUAAAGAAAAUAUAUCUGAAACAUAUGAACCAAUGUUAUUAUCUUUGAUAAAAGAUCUAGAUCAAAAGAAUUAUGAAGCUAUUGAAAAUCUAUCAAAGAACAAUAGUCUGAAUGGUGAUGUUGAAAAUGAGAAAAAUUCCCUCAUAUAAAAUUCAUUAAGUAACAACUCAUCUCUAUUACAAAGAAUCCUUUAAGCUUAUGUGUGAAUAGAAGGAAGAGAUUCUUAAAUAUUCUGCUUAAAUUUGUGAGAACAAUUAAGAUCUAUGGAAGAAGUUCUUAGAAAUUGAUUUAACAUGUCAGAAAUAAAUCUCAACUCUUAGAUAAGCUAUAUCUGAAUUAGAAACUAAUAUUAAAUCUUAUUAUUAAUAUUUAAGUAAGAUAGGCCAUCAUUCAGCAUUAAAAUUCUAAGAUGCUUAUCAAUUUUAAGGAGUUAUUGGUGAUAGCAUUGCAAAAUGGCUUAAAUAAUUGGGAGAAAUCUAAGAAAUCAUUAAUUAAAGAGAAUCAGAAUAAUAUGAAUUUUAAUAAUUCUAAGAAACACUUGUAAUGAGAUUAAAAGAGAUUAUUUAAAAUAAUAAAAUUAUUCAUAAAUAAAAUGAUUUCAAGGGCUUACUUGAUGCUAUUAAUGAUAAGUUAUUCAAUUAAUCAGAAGAAAUAUUAAUAAUUAAUAAAGAAUUAAAUAAUACACAUAUAAAAGUAAAAUAAUAAAUUGAAGAUAUGUAAAAUAAAUUUAAAUUAGAAUUCUAAAAUUAUGAUUUACAACUUAAAAAUUAUAAAGAACUUUAUGAUCAACUUUCAAACACAAAUAAAGAGUUAUUAUUAAAGAAUGAAAGUUUAUAAGUUGAAUUUAAUAGAUAAGCAUAAAUGAGUGUUUCAGCAUUAUAAAAUAAAUAAUAAGAAAUUAUAAAUUUGAAUGAGUAAACAAAAAGAUUAAAAGAAGAUAUAACUAAAUCACAAGAUCUUAAAUUAACUUAUAAUGAAUAACAAACAUAAAUUUGUUAAUUAAAAAAAGAAAUAGAGAGAUUAAAUUAAAUUAUUUUAUAAAAUUAAUUAAGAUCUACUUAAUAAGAAGAAAAUCUUUUAACAAUUAUUGAAUAAAAUAAACAAGAAAUUACUAGACUACAUUAAUUAAUUAUUGAUCUUCAUAGUUAAAUAGAAAAAUCUGAUAAUUAAAUCUAAUUAUUAAAAGAGGCUGAAUAAAUUAUCAAAGAUAAAAAUACUAAAGAUAAUCUAUUAAAUUAAGAAAAAAUUAAGAAAUUAUAAGAAAUUAUUUCUAAUAAAGAAAUAGAACAUGCAGCAUUAGAAGAAGAAUAUAAAGCAAUUUAAUCACAAAAUGUUGAAUUUUAUUCUCAAUAAUAAUAAGAUUAAGAUACAAUUAAAUUAAUGAAAAAAGAUCUUACAAAGAAUUAAGAAUAAUAUGAAUAAAAAGUUAAUGAAUUUAUUAAAUUAUCUGAAAAAUAAUUAUCAGAGAUCACUGAUUUAUCAGAGAAGUAUUAAUAAACUGAAGUAGAAAGAAGAAACCAAGAUGAAACUAUUACAAAGCUUAAGAAAGAAAUAAAUAAAUAAAUAAAUGAUCAUUAAAAAUAAAUAAAAACAUUGUAAGAUCAAUAAAAAUAAUCUUAAGAUAUUUUAUAAUCAAAAUUAUUAUCUUUUGAAAAACUCAAUGAAUAAAAUUAGAUGAUCAUUGGAGAAUAGAAAAAGUUAUUAAAUGAAUCUUAAGCUUAAUUAUAGAAAGUUAAUUUAGAAAAUGAAGCAUUAUUGUAGAAUAAUAGUGAAUCAAUGUAAUCUAUGAAGAAUUAGUAUGAAUUAUAAUCACUAGAAUUAAAUUAAACAAAAUAAGUUGUGCUUGAUUAAUAAGAACUAAUUUAAAAUUAAUAAAUACUCUACUAGGAUACAUAAUAAGAAUGUUUAAAAUAUAAAAAACUAAUAGAACAAUAAGAAAUUGUUAAUAAGUAAAACUAAUCAGAAUUAAGUAAAACAAUAUAAGAUUAAGCAAAUCUAAUAAAUUAAUUAAAAUCUAAUACUGAGACAUUUGAUAAAAAAUUUACUGAAAAAAAUUUGUAAACAGAACAAUUAAAUCAAACUAUAAUUGAAUAAUAAGAUUAAAUUGAAUAAUUAAUAUUGAAAUCUAAAGACCUUAAUAACAUUAAUGAAUAGAAUAAAAAUAUAAUAUAGGAUUUACAAUCUUAAUUGUUAAAGGAAUAAAAAUUAUACCAAAAAGAAUUAGAAUAAUUGAAAAAUGAAAUCCAAAAGGUUUAGAAAUAAAAUAAUUUGGAGUAAGAAUCUAAAAUAUUUGAAACAAAUAAAUAAAUUUAGGAAUUGUAAUAAUAACUGUAAUAGCAAAGAGAUUAAUAUUAAAUUGUUGUUUAAUAGUAUGAAAAUUAAAUACAACUUAAUAAAGAUAAUUUUUAUUAAGAUCUAUAAUAAAAAGAAAAUUUAAUUAAUCAAAUUAACUAAUAAAUGGAAUAAUCAAUUUAAAGAAAAGAAGAAGAAAAAUAAAUUUUAAUAGAUCAAAUUACAGCGCUUGAAAGUAAAAUAAUAUUAUUAGAAUAAAAAAAUAAAGAUAUCUAUUCACAAUCCUAAUCUAAUUAAUAAUUAUAUAGAUAAUUAAUCCAAUAAUUAGAAACAUUAUAAUAAGAAUCUUAAAAUGAAUAAUAAAAAUGGAAAGAGUUGCUAUAAUAGAAGGAUGAAAAAAUAAGAAUAAUAGAGUUAAAUUACAAAUCUGAAAUGGGAAAACUAAAUGAAUAAUUUAAACAAACAUGUUAAAAGGCAAUUUAAAUAGAAUAAGAUUAACUUAAAUUGAUUGAUUCUUAAUAAAUAAAAGAUUAAGAGAUCUUAAAUUUGAAAGAAACAUUAAAAUAAAAAUAAUAUGAAAUUGAUUCCAUUAAUAAGUUAUUAAAUUAGAAGAAUUAAGAUAAUGAAGAAUUAAAUGGAAAAUUGAUGUUGAUUUCUAAAGAAAUGAUUGUUUAAAAAGAUUAAAAUAAAGAAUUAUUAUCAUAGAUAUAAUAAAAAUAAGAAGAAAACUAAAAAACAAUGAGGAACAUAAAUGAAUAAGACUCAUUAAUAAUUAAAUUAAAAAUAUAAGUGAAAGAUCUUGAAAGUUAAAUGAAUUUACAAUAAAAUGAGAAUAUAUUAUAAUAUUAAGAUUUAGUAAAUAAGAAAUAAUAGGAAUUGAAUGAAGUUUAAAAUGAAUUAAUUUUAAUUAAAAACGAAUAUAUUUUAUAGUAGAAUGAAAAUAAAGAUAAAUCAAAUGAGAUUAAAAAAUAGAAUGAAGAAAUAGAAAAUAAGAACUAAUAAAUACAAGAACUUUAAGAUUCAAUAAGUAGAUUAUAUGAAGUUAUAAAUAAAAUAAAUGAUGAGAAUAAAUAAUCAUAAGAUGAAAUGGAUAAUUUAUUAAUACAAAUAAAAGAUUAUGAGUAAUAGAUUUAAAAUCAAAUAGAGCUUUUAGAUAAAUAGUAAAAGUAGUUAGUAAAAUUAGAGUAAGAAUAAGAUGAAAAAUAAAAUAGUUUAAAUUAAAGAUCAAAAAAAUAAAUUGAAUUGAUGCAGUAGAUUUAAUAAAUGGAAAAAUUUUAAAUAGAGAAUGAAAAGGUAAAAGAAGAAUUGUAAUAAAAGAAUGAGAAUUUGAAAGAGAUAGUGAAAAGUUAAUAGACAACUUAUUAAUAGUUAAAUGAUUAAUAUAAAUUAAAAGAAGAAGAAUUAUUAGAAUAGGGAGUUUUAAUUGAAUAAUAUUAAUAAUAAGUGUUACAAUAAAACGAAGAGUUGACUAUAAUAAUGGAAGAAAAAUCAUAAUAGAAUUUAAAGAUUCAUUAAUUAAGAACCAAUAUUGAAAGGAUAUAAUAGGAUUUAGAAAUAAAAAAUAUUUAGUUAUAAAAUAAUGAUUUAGAAUAAGAAAAUAAUAAAUAAGAAUUGGAGAAUUAGUUAAAUGAGAUAGAGAAUCAAAAUAAAGAAUUGUUUAUGAGAUUAAAUGAGUUAUAAGAAGAGAAUAAUGAUUUAGAAGAAUAAUUAAGAAAGAGAGAGAAUGAAUAUAGAUUAAAGAUAUUUGAAAUAGGAGAGAAGAAUCGUAUUGAAUAUGAGGAAUAGAGUAAAAUAAAUUAGAUUUUAUAACAGGAAUUGUCUAUAUAAGAGGUAAGCGAAGAUAAUGUUAUAAAUGCUUUAUCUUAAAUAAAGAAUGAAUUUUAAGAAUUAUUAGACAAAUAAUCUUAAUAUUCAACAUUGAUAUUUUAAUUGUAUUCUGAAUUAUUAACAGAAGAUGAAGAAGAAGAUGUUGAAAAAUAGAUAUAAAUGAUAAGUAAUGAAAUAAUAGGAUUAAUUGAAAUUAAAGAUAAAUAUAAGAAAAUAUUAAAUGAAUUUGAUGGUGAAGGAGAUAUUCUCAUUAAAAUAAAAGAAUUAAAAUAAAAUGAAUAGAAAAAAUAGAAUAAUAAUUUAUAAGAUGUUAAAUCAAUAGAGGCAUAUUCAUAGUUAUUAGAUGGUCUUAUGCAAGAAUUCUUACAUAAUAGAGUUAAUUUGACUAUGUAAUCUAUGAAAUCAUUAUUAACUGAAUAAUAAAGAUAAAAUGUUAAUGAAUAUAGAAAAAAGAUUGGAGAAUUAUAAAAUAAAUUAUUAUAGGCUGAGAAAUAAUAAAAAUGUAUUGAUGAUACAAAAUUCAAUUUAUAAUAAUAUUAGUAGAUUGUUGAUAAAUCAGAAGUAAAUAUUAAAUAUAUAUGAUUAUAGUAAAAAGCUAUGUAUUAUGAAAUGGAAUGUAAGAAAUUAGUAUAAUAAAUUUAAGAGAUAAAGUAAAGAAUGCCUUAAAGAAUUAGUUUAAAUGAUUUAGAUUAAGAUUAAUCAGAAUAACAUAGUUUAAAUAUUUUGAAUUUUUCAUUAAGAUAAGAGAUUUUGUAUGGAGAUGAUUCCUUUUUUGAUAACAUUAGUUAAAUAAAAGAUGAUGAUAUCCAUAAAAAAUGCUAAGAAUAAAUAGUAAUUAAUUUAUAAGAUAUAUAUUAGUUUAAUUUAGUAGAGGAAUGUUAAUUAUUACAGGAAUAAUUAAAUAUGUAGAGAGAAGAUUAGAAUAUUGAAAUUAAAUGA